GCUGCAUAUGCAUAUAAAACUAUUCGUCUAGCACCUGUAGGUAAUGUCAUUACAAGUGUGCAUUAUAAAGGUGCGUGUGCUGUCCCAUUAUUAGUCAGUCAGUAAACAUUCUCUCGUUUUUCUACCAUUGAAGCCUCCUCACCCCCCUCCCCCCCAUCCCCCGAGGGGGGAUAAGUUAACAAGCAGGAAUAUGAAUUUGUCCUUGAAGAGAUAAGUUUCAUUAUGUACUAAAAUUGUAUUUUGCAAAGAAGUUAGUUCUCCCGCAGUUGCAGGAUUUCAGUCAUUUUUGUCAUGGAGACAUUUUAAAAUGUCAGCUUUCUGAAAACACUACAUAGCCUUUGUGGAACACAUGACUUAUGCAAUUGAAUAAGAAAUCAACACUGUCAUUACUGUUUGCACAUUCACAGUGUUAAUUUUCUUUCUCAAGCCUAGCUGUCACUCUCGUGCUUUUGGCUUUGAUAGCCCCUGACUAUAAACAUUGGAACUGUUUAUGGUAAUGAGUCGGAAAUGCAGGAUACUAAGCGUUACUUUACAGUGAGACUGCCGGUACAAAUUAUGAAGCAGAUUCAUCAGGGUUACAUCAAGACAUGUUGUGAUCUACUGCAGUUUAGUACAAUGAGUAUGGUUGUACUCCACUGGAGUCAGGAAUACUCGACAGUAUUGAAUAGACGAUAAGAUAUGAUUACUCACAUUUUUUUUUACGAUUGUAGCGAGAUUAAUGAAGAUGUAUCACCUGCAUGUAUAUCAUAUGUGUAUCAAAACAUCGACGCGUAGUAAUAAUAGGACAUUUUCAUUUCUGUAUUGUGUACAUUCGGGUUGACCCAGGGCAGCAAACUUUUUUACACAGAAGGAAGUAAACACAAAUAGGAAACCUUUGCGCAUGAAAACUUAAGGGAAAUUAUGUCAACUCCGGUUUUCACAGAGACCGUGACUUGCCAGAACUUGUGGUGCCAGAGUUCCUGUAUAGGUGACAUAGUCUGUUGAGUGUCGGGCACAAGCAAACCCUAUAAAUUCCUGAAAAUCCAGCAGUUCAUUUCAGACCUCCACCAGCUUUGCAAUUUACAACACUGUCGUAAGAUGGCGAUAUUUGCAGUGUGUAGGCCAUUUCUCCUCUCCCUCUGCUUUGUCUUCACUUCUUGUGCUGCACCAUCUUUCAACCAGUCUUCUCAGCUGCUACAAUUAUGCCAGAUCUGCAAGUGCGACAGAAGGAAUAGUGCCAAGCUGGUAAACUGCAGUUACGCAAAGCUGAAUGAUUCGGACUUGGCGUCUGCCGACCUCAGUGACACUCACACUCUGAUUCUCAGCAACACAAACUUGGAGCAUGUUCCUGAUCUGCGGGCAUCUCAACUUGUCACUUUCGACUUGUCGCAUAAUCAUAUCUCCGAUUUGCGGGAAAUCCCUGAUGGGGCCUUUAGAAAUUUAAGACGUCUGCGUGACCUGAACAUGAGCCAUAACCGUCUGUCUAAGAUCUCAAAAGAGAUGCUACAUGGUGCUAAAGGUCUAGUCAAUCUCGACAUGUCCUACAAUGAGAUAAGCAUGACAGCUGCAGAUGCUUUUGCCGGUUUAACCAACUUGGCGACCCUGCAGCUAGACCAUAAUCAGCUGGAGGAAGUCCCAACUGUCUUCAAAAACAACAAUAUCGACUUACGGCAAAGCCUCCAGACCAUCAAUCUGAGGGGGAAUCCCAUCAGGGAACUUCCAGAGGAUCCCUUUGGAGACCUGCAGUACCUACACUACCUGGACCUCAGCAGAAUGAAGCUGGAAUACGUCCAUCCAGAUGCUUUCAAGGGGCUCACCACAGGCCUAUAUGAACUUCAUCUGAACUCUAACAAGCUUCAGACGCUGUCUGUGCAAACCAUUCAGAACCUACGUUAUUUGACCUCCUUGUCGUUGUAUGACAACCCUUUGGCCUGCAAUUGCACCCUGGCAGAUCUUGCCAGUUACUUGGAGGCUCAACCUGACAUUAGCAUCGUCGAUUUAGACACCACACACUGCAGUGUGGACGGCAGCCCAAAUAUCCUCUUUAUCAGCCGAGAAAUUUCCAUGUUCUGCACAUCCUUCCCAAUGGUGGAAGUCAUAGUUGGAGCUGUUGGACUUGCCGUCCUCAUUACCUUGGUAGUCAUCAUAACAUACUUCUACAGAAAAAGGCAUAAAUCAACUGGAAAACAUUCACUGUCAGACCAUGCAAACAAUUCUACAUUGACUGUAGAGACAUCCUUUCAAUUGACGCACGUCCAGACAUCUGCAGAAGACAAAACCAACACCUUGGAGGUGUGCACACGCAGUGAGCACUUUUACUCUAGCAUUAAGAGUCUGCAGUCUCCAGUCUAUGCUUACGCACAAGUCCCUGGUGGAGUCAGUGGUCCGAAGACAGUUGAGCCAGUAGCUACUUACAAAAAUGUGUCAUGUCCCCAAGCUCAGCAGGCAGCUAACUAUUACUUGGUGCCCUCCUGUAAAUAAAUGCAAAAAAACUCUCCCAAAGAUGUGGAAGUGCUCCCUUAAUAAGUAAACAGUACAGUAUACGAAUGACGUUAAACUGUUAGGUCAAACUUGAUUCACUCAAGAUUGCUCACCUAUGCUUCAAAUAGGCUUGUCUUAUACAUUAGAUUCAUAAUAUAUUAGAGUGCAUUGCAUUACAUUUAAGUUAGAUUUAUGUACCAGAGUGUACCAUUUUCAGUUGAUGUUAUUUGUCUUUCCUCAAGUGUCACCAAGUGAAGAGGAUCACUUUCAUCUAUUUGUUCCUCCAGAGCAAUAGGCCUUUGCAAUUAUUCAUGGAAAGUUGUGAUGUGAUGAAAAUCUCUUACGACUGUGUGGCAUUGUAGCAAAGAACAUGUUUUCCCCUGCCGUAGACUUAUCCAUCGAAGCCAUUCCUGCCAUGGCACCACCGUCCUGAACAAGUAGUGGAAGUGCUUGAUUACCCCUUCAACUUGGAUGGUGUUGUGACUUGUAUAAAUGCACAUGUAAGUCUAGUUACUAAGUAUAGGUGCCAGAGUGCAAUACCACUGCAGUAACGUCAUCUGCUAGGAGGAUAUAUAGUUGUGGCAUCGAUCAGAGUUCAGCAUGGCGUAACCAUGGUUACUGUGGUCAUUUUAAUGUGGAAAUUACAUGUUAAAGGACAGAUUGUCACGUCAGUGCUAAAAGUAUCUUACUGAAAAAGUGCAUUAAAACGACCUUAUUGAAAAAUACUAUUUUGAACAUGAAAUCAGGCAACAAAAUUUGUUGAAGUGUAAAUAGGCCAGCCCAAGAAAAGUAGUUGAAUAAAUAAAAGUGCAACAAAUCUAGUCUGUUUCGAUACAAUAUUUCUUUCAUGCUCAAAGUAAGGCCAGAAGAUAUAUUUUUAAAAAUAACGUUUAAGCUGUAAUGACCUUUUAGUACUGAGCACAGUUGUGGUCUGCCACAAAGCACUUUACCAUAUCCAGGUCCAUUUACUCAUCUGUAAAAAUGUGUGUAUAUUCGUCAUGUACUUGCAUAAUAUGAUAGUUUCCUGUUAUUUGUCAGUGAUUCUUAAUGGAAUGGUUAUGUCAUUUUGUGCCAUGAUGUCAUCACAUCCGUUUCCCCCAUGAUAUAACGUUUUGCUCUGGGGUUGGUAGUGUGUGUGUAAAAAUAUCAAAGCUUUUGUAAGGGGCACAGUAUCUUGAAGUAUGGUACCGAUAUAUUCCCUCCACAUUGGGCUUACAUCAUCUGAACAUCCUGAAACCAUCUCAACUCCUGAACUUCAGGAGUUCACAAGCCGGGUCUAUGUUUCAGUGUUCUCAAAUUUUAUGCUUACUUGUGAGGACACUCAAGCAUCUUAUUUGUGAAAAAAAGUUGAUAGAGUUAGACAUUGGGCAAAUGGCAGAUGUAUUUAUAUCGCAAAGCACAACAUUGAGUCUUGAGUCUGAGACUCCACAUCCAGCUAAUCAGCUGUACUAGGAUUGAUUGUAAUUUGUUCAGGAAAUAAAAGCACUGGUAAGCAGA